GGCCCUAAUAACGUCUUUCCAAAUUUGCCCCUGUAUGAUUCAUGAAUUACCUCAUUGUUCGCCUGACCCGUCUCUUCCCCCAAUCUCUGUCUCUCUCUCUUGCAAGCACAAGCAGCCAUUGAAGACUCAAUUGCCUGUCUCUAAUCAAGCUAACAAAUAAAGAUCUGCUUCAAUUGAAUGCUAACAAAGCAUAAAUAGAGAAAAACAAAAUCUACAAUUUCUUCAAUAUGAUGACCCGGUCAUCAUCAGGGCAAAUCAACAUCGCAGCGCGUACGAAGAAACUCGAUGUAGAUAAUCGACUCGCUUUGAAAAUUUACUAUCGUAUCGCAGAUAAUGUCCUCAAACAGGCUGACAUUUUUCGCGCAGAGGGAGACGUCAUAGAUUUGUAUGUCAUGCUUCUUAGAUACUCAAGUUUGGUCUCGGAGACAAUACCAUGCCAUCGAGAUUAUCGAGCAUCACUUCAGAGCAACAAAAUUUAUUUGAAAAAGAGAUUACUAAAUGCCGUGGCUGAGCUUGAGGAAUUGAAGCCAAUAGUUCAACAGAAACUUGAGGAGCUAAACAGGAAAUAUCAAGUGAAUAAGGGGAACAAUCAUCAUCAAAAUAAUCUUUUAGGAUUAUCUGGGGAGUUUUAUCCUGCCUAUAAGCAAAGCUUUAAGGCUUGGGGGAAAAAUAAGAUAGCCGCACCAGUUCGAGAUUUUGGGUCUCAAGUUCCAACAACUCAGCAGUUUUUGCUUGUGAAGCCAGUAGAUGAGCAUAUCCGCCGUUUGUCACUUAGUAUUCCGCAUCCAAAGGAUGAAACUCUGAGCAAACAUUCCAUCUUGGGUCCAAAUGGACUUCGAGGACAGUGGCAACCUCCAGCUAGUAACAGAGGGGUGUCUUAUCCAAGUAAUGUGGACUUCACUCCAAUUUUGAUCCCCAGGGAAAACAGCCUCCUGCAGCCUGUUGAAAAUGAGUGUUCUGAUAAAAAGGAUGAUAUCAGUUCAGAAUGUGGAAAACCAUGUGUGGAAUCAACGUUGCCAGUCAACAGGGACAAGCCAGUGCUGCGUCUUGAUGAACCUGCUUCAUUGAUUUCCUUUGAUACAGAAGAAAGCCCUCUACAAUCAGAAAUUAUUAGACAACCUUCUCCUCCACCCGUUCUUGCUGAGGUACAAGAUUUGAUGCCAACCGCUGCAUGUCCAGUCGAUGAGAUGGAAUGUGGAUUGGUUAAAUCAUCACCUGAUGGUCUAAUCUGUUCUGAAGAUCCCCUGCAAUUGCACAUUUCAGCAUCUGUGAUGGAUACUUUCAUGAAGUUAGCCAAGUCCAAUACUAACAAAAAUCUUGAAACCUGUGGUGUUCUUGCUGGAUCACUUAAAAACCGAAGAUUUUAUGUCACAGCUCUAAUCAUUCCCAAGCAGGAAGCGACAUCAGAUUCGUGUCAAACUACAAAUGAGGAGGAAAUAUUUGAAGUUCAAGAUAAGCAAUCAUUGUUUCCUCUUGGGUGGAUUCAUACACAUCCAACGCAAUCAUGUUUCAUGUCAUCCAUUGAUGUUCACACCCAAUAUUCAUAUCAGAUCAUGUUGCCUGAAGCUAUUGCAAUUGUAAUGGCCCCAAGAGAUAGUUCAAGAAAACAUGGAAUAUUCCGAUUGACAAAUCCGGGUGGUAUGACAGUUAUCCGACAAUGUCCAAGGCGUGGUUUUCAUCCACAUGACCCCCCUCCUGAUGGUAGCCCAAUUUACAAGCAUUGUACAGAUGUCUAUAUGGAUUCUAACUUGAAGUUUGAUGUCAUUGAUCUGAGAUGAUUCCGAUCAUUGAUUAAUGAUUUGCAAAUAGUACAUCUUUCAUCCAUGAUGCUUGUUUGUUGUGCCUUCGCAAUGUUGAUUGGUCUACGAGAUGUCAAUACAUAAUCCUUGAAUACUCAAUUUGAAAGUUGUUAACGGGUAACUCUUCCAGCUGCAGCUUGCGUGCAGGUAAGGUUGUAAGAGGUUCAUGCCUGGCAUUCUUGCAGAUAUAAUAGAACUGCAUCAUUGAAUUCAUAUAAUUAAAACCAACUGUGUAAAUAGAAAUUCCUUUUCAGGCAUCAUCGUGUGUAAACUUGAAAAAUGGUCAAAACUAUUGACGUUAUAGUUGUUGACUUGUAGUUGUGCAUCAGUUGUCAUAUCUACUUUGUGAAUAUAGUUUUGUUGGUUCAGAAUA